AGAGACAGAGAGAAAGCCCGCCUCUCGCCAUGGGGCUGGAAGCGUUUUUCGUCGGGCGGGCGGGGGGCGGAAAGAGAAAGAAAAGUAAUCGGAGCGCACAAAAGUCACAACUUUCUCCAAGCAACGCAAGGCUGUGGGAGAUGCCUGCUCUGGUAGCGGCCUUUCCUGGCUUUUUUUCAAGGCGCAUCGGUGGUCAGAGGUGUCCCUUCACUUGUUAGCAGCAGGGCGUGGGCGGGGUGCUUGAUGUCGCUGAGGGAAAUGGGCAGGAGGGUGAAUCAACCCGGCUGCGUUGGUUGCUUUAUUGCACGUUUCUUUUCCCCGAGCACCUCGAGGGGACGGCGGCGCUUGCUUCCAGCUGCUUCUAACAUUGCUUGCAUUUGCUCACGGCUCAAGACAAAGGAACCAAAAAAGAGAUGAAGCAAGACUCUUUCAAGAUUCUCACAAGUUCACAGACAAAUCUGCUAUAGAGAAGGCGCUGCCGAAUGAACAGAUUGGCUUUCCCAGAUGAGAACACUGUCAGAAAUAAUGAAAACUAUAUUUAUAUCAGAGGCAGACAAGCAACAGAGAAAAUGGAUGUUAUAGGGCUUUUGGCUGGACUGAUUGCAAUUGGAGUUCUGUUAGUUAUAACUGGAUUACUUAUUUGUUACCUGUGUCAGAAAAGAUGCAAGCCAAGACAUCUGCCAGGGAACCCAAGCUGCAGGAGGCACAGCUCUUCCAUCUUCCAAAGACAUGAAGAAUUUCCCUUAAAUCAUCUCUCUCCACAUACGGAACAGAUAGGACUGCCAACUUAUGAACAAGCAGUGGCUCUAAGAGGCAAUUAUGAUGUGCCACCCCCACCAUAUCCAGGUUUUAAAAUGUUCAAGAAGUCUUUCUCACUUCCUGCUCCUUAAUUAAUAAGCAUGGCUCGUGGAAAGGUCGAGAGUUACAUUUGACUGAAAGAAGAUGUACAGUAUAGCUGAAAUGCUGAAGCAUUGUGAUCACUUUCAGGAACCUUUCACAGUAUGAAAGGGAUAUAGCUCUUCGGUGUGCCUGGGAGGAAGUGGAGUGUGUCAGGUGAACAAGGAAGCUAUCCUUCUGCAAUGUUCUGAUGGCUAAAGAUGAAAGGCUCCUUUUGUUACGCUUCUCAUUGAGGUGCUAAGAAUUGUAUUGAACUUGGAUCUCAUGCAUUUUGAGCCACUCAGUGAAUUGAUAUGCCACUUUUCCUGUUGCUCAUGAACUGCCAGGUUUCAUUUUCAGUUUUAAAAUGUUGCAGUUGUUGGUGCUGCUUUUAUAAAGAACAAAUAGUAAUAUGGGAAAAAAAUGGAAUCGUUGCUCUUACUGUUUUAACUUCUGAUAAAAGGAAGACUUAAUGUAUUAACAUUUCAUGCUUCAACUACUCUGAACAAUAUUUAAACCAUGCUCUCUUCAUUUGUUCCUUAUUACCCAUUCUGUUAUGAGCCUUACUGUGUAUUGCCCAUGUUUUCUGUCAAACUUGCGUUUAGCUCAGCACUCUGUUUCCACAGCAGCUAAGCAAAUAUUCCUGGGAUGCUCCUUAGAAGGGAAUGAUCAGGAGGUCUACUCCUUUUUUUUUUUUUUAACUUAUCCUUAACUUCUGGUAACCUGGAGUACUGUGAAUUAGCCUUGAGAAAUAUGGAUAUUUACCUAAAGGUAAACUCAAAAGGUUUCAUUCAGUGUCUCUUUAACUGAGAUUGGAGAAGCCAAUACACUUGUGAGGUAAUGGCUUUUGAAACCCUUGACCCCCAAUGCUACUGUAGCAAAUAAAUUCCAGCUUGUAAUGUUGGUGGAAGGGAACAAAUAAAAAGGAAAGUAAAACUGUUUAAUGCAAAAAUGUCAGAUUCUCUGUAUCUGAAAUUUAUUUAUAAGAGAAAAUAUAACCCAAACACAGAGAAUUUUGUCCAUUGACUAUAGACAUAGAGAGAAAAAUCUAAUGUUGCCAUGCAUAUCUAGGUUGAAGAAAUAAUUUUUAAAAAAUUUAUGAUUCUUUUUUAUAUGGCAUAAUUCUUGAU